GAGCCAGAUGUGACCGUCCAGACGGGUAUGUACGCGGCCGAAAUGUUUGCGGCCAAUCUUGCCGUCAAUCACCUGAUUAAUCUUAUCGUCAUCGACGAUGUAAUGUGGAUCUGGUAUUAUGAUCGGCAAGGGACCAUUCAAAGCUCAGGCAUCAACUUCAUUCAAGAUCUCCCGCGAUUCAUGGUGUUGUUGUAUGCCUUACAACGAUUCGGACUUGAGGAUUGGGGCCGAAACAAGGACUUCCUCCCAGUUCAAGUUGAGGGCAAGCAAUGUCAUGAAUUCAACAUCAAGGACGUAGAACUUGGAGAGGUGGAUCUGCUGCUGCACACCAGCCACGACGAAAGAGUGACGCACUAUGGACUACAAGGACGGGCCACCAAUGUGGUCCCUGUCACUAGCAAAGCGCUCGCCAAAAAAUACGACAACCUCCCGGAUGGGAUGGUGGCCAAGAUCUUUUGGGGAGAGGUGGAUCGCACUAGCGAGCCGGAAAUCCUGAAAAGAGUUGAGGAGAUCGCCAAGGCGCACGAUACCGUAAAAAACCAUAUUCCCAAGCUUCUUUGGCACCACACGUUCACGAAUCCUACGUCCGCCAUCCGGGAAGCGCUCGGGGUUCCAGAACCUACCAAGGGCAGUCGCGUGCUCUACGUCCUCGUAUUCCCCAAGCUUCUCCCCAUCACGGAGCUUUACAAUAAAGAGCUUUUUGAUGUAUGGUGUCAGUGUAUCCUAUGUCACCUUACUCUAUGGAAGGAAGGGGUAUAUCAUCGAGAUGUCAGCCCUGGAAACCUGAUGUGGUACUGGAAGGACGGCAAACGGAUUGGUGUCUUAAACGACUACGAUCUAUCCUCGUUGGCGAAUGACCAGGGUCCUCGGGGAAACGAGCGCACGGGCACGGUACCGUUCAUGGCGCUCGAUCUUCUCUCUGUAAAAGGUCAACGGGGCGAAGUCAAACACCUAUAUCGUCACGACCUGGAGUCGUUUAUUUGGUGUUUUGCCUGGAUUUGC